AUGGCGGAUGAAUUUUUUUCUAGAUCUGCCAAUUUUUGUUUGCAUGAUCAUCUUCCCAAGCAGUGCAGACCCAAAUUUAGUCAGGUGUUGACCAAGGUUUUGAAAGAAAUUAUCGAAAAACAUCUUUCGCCUCCAACCGGCAGAUGUUUGGCGUGGGAUGUUACGGUCCCUGGCACCCUUGCCGAACGAUAUGUAAACUUGACAAGUAAAGAAUGCGGUUUGGCCGCGGCCAGGGCAGCGGAUGAGAAAAUGAAAAAAUAUGGGAACGCCCACCCCUCGAUGGAAUUCUUGCCAAUAUGUAUCGAGGUUCUUAAAUUUCUUAAAGCAAUAUGUAAAAUGAUCAGCGUCAGAUCAGGCGACAGCAGGGAACUGUUUUUCGCAACUAAACACAUUUCGUACUUGUUGCAGCGGUUCCUGCGUGUCUGUGUGCUUGAAAAUAUCCAACUGAAUGCCGACAUGUGCAAUUAA